UUCAAAUUGAAUAACAUCAACUUAAUGAAGUUCAAUGGAAACCCUCAGCUUUCGGAAAUGGGAAAGUCUCAAAGGCACCUUAUGGUUAUAUUGACUUAAAAUGUGUCCAAGGGUUAAAUGUGUUAAUUAUUACAUAAUGCGGUUUUUAUUACAUUUUAUUACAUUUUAAAACCAUGUUUUAUUACAUGAUAGCAUAAUACAGCACUGCAAUCUUGAUGCUGCUGUCUUGCUGAAUAAUUCCCGUAGUUAAACAGAUGGUAGGAAAUUUGAUAAUGUCAGUUUUAUCCACUUUUCCUUUUUACAUACAUUUUAUGGAUUUCUGUUUACAUAUAUAGAGUUUUUUAUAUGGAGAUUUUUUCUUAUUAAAAUCUGAAAGAGUUUCCUGUCAUGCUUUGCUACAAACAGAAAUCUUUAAAAAAUGAACACCAAUUAUACCUCUAAUUUCUGCAUAUUCUUAGGAUGAACUCGAGUAAAUAAAAUUUCCCUCAUGAUAAUUAUGUGACAUCGAAUAGUGGGUAAAAUAAAAUUUUACUAUGUGGUUAUAAAACUGGGUUUUAUUAUAACCAAGGGGAUAAAAUGUAGCAAAUUUUAUUUCAGUUUAAUUCAAUUUGACUGAAAUUUUGAUCAUCUGAUAGUUAUGUUGUUGGUUUAAUGUUUAUCAACAUUCCCAGAGGAACCUUACCUGGACCAAGUUUGUCUCUUUCAGUGGAGCAAAUAUUGAGAUAGUCUCACAUUCUUCAGUGUUUACAAUUAUUUUCCCUUUACUGUUCCUAUAAAACUGACGUGUUGUUUUCCUGCUCUCUCUCACCUUAACCUGUUCAACAUCGCAUCAUUUGUAAGCGCUCAUUUCCUGCACAGAAUAUCAAUAAACCUGACUGAGUGAUUCUAACCUUAACAGUAGUUGGUCAUUAUUUUUUCCACAGCAAGCUGUGGACAGAUGGCACUUGAAUAUUUGUUUGUUGCAUCUGGAUUUCCUGACGUCGGUUGAAAAAGCCUGGAGAAAUCUUCUUAGACUGUCAAGAAAUUCAGAUCUGUUAGAUUAUCCAUUUUAUAUUAUUAAUCAGAGCAUCUGUUUUAAUCUGGCUUCCCUCCUGGUGCUGUGGACAGAAACACAAAGCUACUCUGCAUGGCAUAUCAGUGGCUUAGUUUGUUGUGUCUCCAGGUCUGGCAUAAAAGUGUAGGAGUGCAAAAGUAAGUUCAAUCGCACAAACAGCAUUUCAAGAAGUAAAUUUAAAUAUAUUUUGUGCUUACCAAUCUUGUUUUAGAGCCCAUGUAAGUGAGUUUUAUUGCACCAGUAUUUUGUCUUGUGCCAGUACUCAUAGAUUAACCCAACUAAUCUGGAUUAGAGGCAGUACUUCCUGCAGAUAACUCCCACUGUCCGUAAAGUCGGCUGUCAGUAUGUUGUAGCGUCGGUUCAUUAUGAGAAAGAUAAGAAGCAUUUUAAGAGGGAAAACCUGCCAUGCUGUCACAGAGCUGACAAGAUAAACUCUCAGGAACUGGACUGAAGAGGCUUCACCGAGGUAGGAAGAUGGUUGCUGCUUGCUGGAAGAACCCCAGGGAGCUUUAGAAAACAGAAUAGAUUUCUCUGAAGACAAAACCUUGUUGUUGAAAGUUUCAUCUGAACUCUUGCGGAGAAGGACUGAAGAAUGCAGGGCUGCGAGGUCGGCUCCAAGAUGCGCUACUGGCUGACGCUGAUCUCAGGGAUGCUGGAGUGUCUGUGCUUUGCUGGUGUGGUGUUUGGUUACACCUCUCUGGUGUUUGUGCUGAAGGAAGACCAAUACUUCAGUGAGUUGUGCAGCAACAACACAGCCAGCAACAGCUCUCUGGUGGAGACAGACUGCAGAGGUCAGGAUGAGCAGUUUUCUCUGGUUUUCACUAUCGCCUCGUUCCUGAACAACUUCCUGAGUCUGAUCAACGGCUACCUGUUUGAUCGAUUUGGCACCAUGGUAACAAGACUGCUGGCAGUAUCUUUGUACACAACUGGAACCCUUUUUGUGGCCUUCUCCAGUGCAGCAUAUUCCUUGAUGCUCUUCCCUGCCUUAUCCUGCAUCGCUGUGGGAGGAAUUCUGCUCCUUAUGACGAACAUUCAGGUGGGGAACCUGUUUGCCGCUCAUCGCUCCACCAUCAUUACUUUCUACAACGGAGCCUUUGACUCUUCUUCAGGAGUCUUCCUCAUCAUCAAGAUUCUACACGAGCGAGGAAUCUCUCUCCAGUCCUCCUUUAUUGCCUUGUCCCUCUGCAGCAUCAUUCACUUGGCGAGGACUUUCCUCCUCAUGCCCAAGACCCACAUCCCGUACCCACUGCCUCCACGCUACACAUACGGGGUGAACUGUAGACAGGCCGACAGCUACAACGUGGAGCAGGUCAAGAGGACGAAGGAGGAUGCAUCCAAUCAGGAUUCCAGUGGGAAAGAUGAAACGGCAAAGUCGGAUGAAACAGAGGUCGAAAACACAGAAAAAGUGGCGAGCUUCCGGAGCUGUGUUUUGUCCUGGUUCUUCCUCUGGCAUCUGUUGUGGCUGUCCAUACUGCAGCUGAGACACUAUCUCUUCAUUGGCACGCUCAACUCCAGGCUCAGCCGGCUGGCCAGAAACGACCCCACCCUGGUGAGCCAGUAUACCAAUGCUUUUGCAAUGACCCAGCUGUGCGGAGUGCUCGGCGCCCCCUGGAACGGACUCAUCUUGGACAGACACAAGGGAAAGCCUCGAGCCCCUGGAGAAACUGAACAGGAUGCUGACCUGCGCUCCUCCUACCUGUCUCUGUUCCUGACUUCACUGCAGUGCCUGCUCUUCUCUGUUUGCGCCUCCAUUCCUGUCCUCCCACUGCAGUACGUCACCUUCAUCCUACAGGUCCUCAACAGAUCCUUUCUCUACGGCGGAAACGCAGCCUUCAUUAGCAUUGCAUUUCCAGCCCGCCACUUUGGGAAGCUGUACGGCCUGGUGAUGUCGCUCUCUGCUGUCAUUUCUCUGCUGCAGUAUCCCUGCUUUUCCCUCGUCAAAGGACCUCUGGAUGGAGAUCCGUUUUAUGUGGAUAUUACUCUCACUCUCCUCUCUGUUAUGGUGUUCAUCCAUCCCGUCUACGUCUUCAUCCACUGCAGGAGAAAAGCCCGGAGCAGGGAGAACAUCCCUCCAGCUGAUGUUGAUAUUGGUCCCAGUUUGGCUCAAGCUAAACUGUAGAUGAUGGAUGAUUUUGUGUGACAAGUUUAAUAUUUCAGGGUUUCCUCGUUUCCAUUUUCCAUUUCAAGUUUUAACUUGAAAAUAGAAACAAGAAUAUUUUAUAUGAUUUUUAUAAACAGACUGAUUUUUUAAAAUGUUUUACAGGAACAAAUGUGUUUUUAUGACUUGUAAGUUUGAAAAUUUGUUUUCUUUUUAGUGAACGGGUAAACCCUCUGUCAAUUCCAGUUUUGGUGAAUUAAAAGUCUGGAAAUGACCUGAAAUUUCCCAGAUUGAAAGACAGAAACUACUGACUAUAACAGGGUUCUUGCUGUUGUAUUCAUGUAUAUGAAAAAAAAAAUUGUUGUAAAUAUGUGUUUUUAUUAACAUUGCCUUGCUGGAAGACCAAAUUAUACCAAACGUUAAAUUUGCUGUUGGUUUUAGAGAUAUUGAAAAAUGUGGUGGUCCAUAUUUUGCCACUUUUUGGCAGUGAAACAAUCCCAUAGCAUGAGGAAGCCACUGCCAUGCUUGACAGUUGGCAUAACACUCUGUGGUUUGAAUUUUUUACCUUGACUUCAAGAAAUACUUUGUAAAAAUAAAAGUUUAAAUAAAUCAUCAAAGCCCGAAAUGAACUUACUACUUUAUGUUGCACCAGAAGUGAAUAUUAAAGUCUCCCCACCCGCAUGACAAACAUAGAAAAUGUUUACCUUGUUAAAUCCGUUUUAUUGGAAAAAGAAGUAUAGGACAGGUUUGCUACAUGACUUGGACAAUAACCUUUUUUUCUGUGUUUGUUUAUAAAAAGGUGAAAGAAUACAUUCAGGGACGCACAAUACAGACCACCGACUGUAUAAAAUUCCUUCUAUAAAGUCUAUGGUACAGAUAUUAUGCUUAGUAAUACAAGGUGGUACAAAAUUAUCACAGCAGAGGUUAUGCUAACCUUUAUUUGAACAUGACAGCAUGUUUUACAGUUGAUUUUUACUUAAUAGUGUCGUUGCAACGUGAUCAUAACUGAUACAAUCUUUAACGUUUACUUCAUAUUUCUAUCAACAAAACAAAAAGAA